UAAAAACCAGCCUUCUUGUUCCAUUUAGCCCUUCAGAUGAAGCCCUCCACAAUGUCCACCUCCAAUGGAGCACUAUGUAAAUCGAUUGCCAUCUCAGGCCUUGCACUUUUCAUGCUCUACACGGUUUGGUCCAACCAUGCCAAUACUAACUACACUGCUGCAGAUCUUCUUCUCACCAAUCUGCAACUCAAAUGGCCAACUUCCCCUUUCACAACAAGUUCAUCACCCAACAAUAUCAGCACCAACGUCGUUCCUCCAACCGAUAUCAGCCACAUUGGGUUCAUAGUAGUGAGCUCCUUGGCGACAUGGAAGCAUAGGAAGCCCUACACGGAGUCCUGGUGGAGGCCGAACUCGACAAGAGGCUAUGUCUUCCUAGACAAGGAACCCACUACAGCGGAAUUCCUCCAUUGGCCUGCAACUUCCCCACCGUGGAGAGUCAAUGAAGACAUCACCAAGUUGAGGGUCUACCCUCAGCUCGUGAACCCGGUGGAGGUCAGGAUCAUGCGCUCGAUCCUCGACAUGUACAGGGUUGGAGACAGCGGGCUGAGGUGGUUUGUGAUGGCUGACGAUGACACUCUCAUUUUCGUCGAUAACUUGGUCGAAGUGCUAGGGAAGUAUGAUCACACAGAGUACCAUUACAUUGGGAUGAAUUCUGAAUGUGUGAAGUCCAAUGCUGAUUUCUCGUUUGAUAUGGGUUUUGGAGGAGCUGGGUAUGCCUUGAGCUAUUCAUUGGUGGAAGUCUUGGCACCCAAGUUAGAUGCUUGCAUCGAAAGGUACCCUUACUUGUAUGUGAGUGAUCACUUGGCUCAGUCAUGCUUAGCUGACAUUGGAAUUGCUCUCACCAUUGAGAAAGGGAUUCAUCAGAUUGAUCUUCAUGGUGAUAUAUCAGGCCUUUUGUCAUCCCAUCCACAGUCUCCAGCCCUAACCCUCCACCAUUUUGAUGCAGUGGAACCAAUCUUUCCUUCCAUGGACAGGUACGAAGCUGCACGACACAUCAUGAAACCGGGGAACCUAGUAGCAGACCAAUCACGAAUGUUGCAGCAAACCAUAUGCUACCAAAGGGUGAAGAACUUCUCCUUCUCCGUCUCGUGGGGCUACUCGGUUCACAUAUACGAAACUAUCAUCCCUCGAAGCAUCCUUCGAAAGCCUCUCGAGACGUUUAAGCCUUGGAACAAUCAUGUCAAGUAUCCAUCUUUCAUGUUCAACACAAGGAGGGUGACCAACAAUCCAUGUGAAGCUCCCCAUGUGUUCUUUUUCCAAUCCAUCGAGCUCGUUCCACCAUCAUCGAACGAUCAUCAAGCUGUUGUUGCCACGAUGUACGGUAGAGCUUCAGCUCGUGACCUGCCUCCUUGUUCUGUUUUUGGUCACAAUCAUUCUGCAGAUUCCAUUUCCACCAUAAGGGUUCUGUCUCCUGCUCCUGUUCAUAAAUUGCCUGAUGUGAUUGAAUGUUGUGAUGUUGAGUACGAGGAUGGAGCAGACAUUGCAGUGAUCAAGAUAAGGUCUUGUACAAGAAAUGAAGUCAUUGCAUAGAGGAAAACAGUGAUGAGUAGUAAAAAAGCAUUAGUUUCUUAAAUAAGAAUGGUAACAAAAUUUGACAUUUGUGAAGGGAUAUUAGCUUUUGUAAUUAGUUGAAGUAUUGCUUCAGAUCUCUCUCUUCUAGGUACUUCUUAUCCAUUCCAAUGUCUUCUGUUCAUUAUCGUUCGCGUUA